GCUUCUCUUCAAACAUGCAAACAAAAGAACAUACAAGUCUAUUGGACACAAAAAGAGCAGUCACGUGUUCAGGCGUUUCCCACCCAUAUAAAUUAAACUUAAUUCACCGAUGUUCUUACAAACGCGUGAAGCGUUCCCUGCAGAACAACCAAUUUGUGAUUAUGUACAAGAUAAAUCUGAUAUUCUGGAUUAAUCAUGUCGAAUCUAGGAAAACGCAACGCGUCUUCUGAAUUUGUCGACUUGACAAACUCAGAUUCGGAGAAUGAGGUACCACGUGUUCAGCAGCGCAAACAGCAAAGACUUAAUCCUACUGCUGGUCCCUCCAGAACUUCAGGAGCAUUCGCAGGCUCAAGUUCGAGUCAACCUAUGACUGUUCGUGAUCAAUGGGGUGAGAGCGAUGGGGAUGAGGUCAUUGAUUUGAGUCAAGAAGUUGAAGAGGGUUUCGGAUGGGUGUGUCUUGGUGCUAUUGAUGGGAAGAUUGUCGGGGUUAGAUUUUAUAGUGGCUAUGCCAGCCCUGGCGAGCAGGUCAUGAUUAGGAGGGAACCGAGAAAUCAGUAUGAUUCAAACGCGAUUCGAGUCAACAACGUUCAGGGGACACAAAUUGGACAUUUGCCGAGAGAGUUGGCGGCUAAGCUGGCGGGGUUUUUGGUAGGUGGUUGUUGAUAUCUUGUGCGUAAGUGAGACAAAGGUAGACUAAUCUGAUGGAAUUAGGAUGCAAAAACUAUUGUCAUGGAGGGUAUUCUUGCCGGGGAGAAGAGAGCCUAUGAUUGUCCUAUUCUGCUUAAGAUUUAUGGACCCGCGGAUCCUGUUGUAAGAGCUGAUUGUGGGUUAUUUCAUCUCCUUAGACACUUAAAUAUUCCUGGAGGUUCUUUAAAAAAUGUCUCAUGUCGCUAACUUUUUCUAUCAGUGGAGAGACAGUUAGCUGCCAAGAGGCUACCACUGAAGAAACGAGAUGUUGCGGCACCGAAGCAACCGAAGGCUCCUGUUCCACCCCCUCAAAGAAAGGAAAUUGGUUUCAAAUCUUCUCAAGGAGGCGUAUCUAGUCAACCAGCGCCAGUACCUCAACCAGUCAUUGAUCUAGCACACUUUGUCGCCAAUAGCGAACGAUUCAACCCAAGAGAAGUUGAUAAAAUGGCCGAGGAGUUGGGCUUACCCGAGGAUGCCCUUGCAAAGAUGCCUAUGGUAGAGCAGCCGGAGGCUCUUAAAUGUACUUUGCUUCCGUAUCAACGUCAAGGCUUAGCAUGGAUGCUUGAAAAGGAAAAUCCAGUCUUACCAGAUGCCAAAUCCGAUCAAGUGGUGCAGCUUUGGAAAGCCUCCAAACAACACAAAGGCACCUACCAAAAUAUUGCAACCAAUUACUGUGAUAAAGCUCCGAAGUUGGCUUUGGGUGGUAUACUUGCGGAUGAUAUGGGUCUUGGAAAGACUGUGCAGGUUAUUUCCCUCAUUCUUGCAGGUGGAUCAGGUACAACUUUAAUCGUUGCGCCGGUUAGUGUUAUGUCGAAUUGGGCACAACAAAUGGAGAGACAUAUCAAGGAAGAUAAAGCUUUGAAAGUCUUAACUUACCAUGGCAGCCAAGGCAAGGUCAAGGGAAUGACCGCUAAUGAAUUCAAACAGUACGAUGUUGUUAUCACUACAUAUGGCACACUCAGCUCAGAAUUGUUCCCUCGUGGCUCAAAGACCCCAGGGAAAGUUCCAACUUCUUCUGGAUUAUAUUCGAUGAGCUGGCGCAGAAUUGUUCUCGAUGAAGGUCACAUCAUUCGUAAUCCAAAGACAAAGAGUGCCAUUGCAGCAACGUGUAUCAUCGCAACUUCCCGAUGGGUUUUAACAGGGACACCAAUUGUUAAUACUAUUAAGGACUUUUAUGCCAUGCUAAAAUUCUUAGGUGUCAGUGGUGGUCUCCAAGAACUUGACAUCUUCAACUCUGUGUUUACUCGCCCAUUGUAAGUAUUCACUCAAUCCCUCUAAGCACUCGAAAUAGGAGCAUCACAUUGCUACUAAUGCUAAUAUACGUUUAGGGCAAUGGGAAGCCGUGAUGCGGAAGUUCUCUUGCAGACAACGAUGAGAUCUAUGUGCUUGCGACGUAAGAAGGAUAUGAAAUUUGUCGAUCUGAAAUUACCUGAUUUGUCAGAGUUCGUUCACAAGGUCAAGUUUAGAGAUGAUGAACUAAAAGUCUAUGAAGCUUUGGUGUAAGUAAUAACAACAUUUUUCCGAUGCCACUGGCUGACAGCAAAAUAGUAAACAAGCUCAAGGUAUGGCUCAACAAUAUCAAAAGGAAUCAGAAUCUCGCAAGAAGAACACCAUUUCAUACACUCACAUUCUUGAGAUCCUCCUUCGCAUGCGUCAAGUAUGCAAUCAUCGGAAACUUUGCGAGAACAGAGUUACCAACCUCAUGGAAGCUAUUGAGAAAGAUGAUAUCGUUGUUCUUAACGAGGAGAAUAGACUUGCCCUACAGAUGCUCCUCCAACUUAACAUCGACAACCAUGAAGAAUGUGCUAUCUGUCUCGAGGAACUCCACAACCCCGUCAUCACGGCCUGCAAGCACGUUUUCGGAAAAGAAUGUAUUGAGCGCACCAUCGAAUUGCAACAAAAAUGUCCCAUGUGUCGGGCCGACCUGGCAAACAACGAAUGCCUCGUUCGCCCCGCCGUCGAAAAGGCAGAAGAUGAGGAAAUCAACACGGAUGAACAAUCUUCAAAGACGGAAGCUCUCAUGCAAAUCAUCAAAGUCACGCACAAUGAUCCGCUCUCAAAGGUCGUCAUUUUCUCCCAAUGGACCUCUUUCCUCAACGUCAUUCAAAAACAACUCGAGCAAUCCGGAAUCAAAUUCGCUCGUAUCGACGGAUCCAUGACCGCCCCACAACGUGACAAAGGCAUGCAAUCCCUCGAAUCCGAUCCCGAAUGUCGUAUCCUCCUCGCCAGUUUGGCAGUUUGUUCCGUAGGUCUUAACCUAGUGUCGGCUGAUACGGUUAUCCUUGCGGAUUCUUGGUGGGCUCCCGCAAUCGAAGAUCAAGCUGUAGAUCGUGUGUAUCGUCUGGGACAGAAGCGUGACUGUAAGGUUUGGAGAUUGGUGAUGGAGGGAAGUAUUGAGGAAAGAGUUUUGGAGAUUCAGGGGGAGAAGAGAAAAUUGGUUGGGAAGGCGUUUCAGGAGAAGGCGAGGGAGGGUAGAGGGAAGGGGAAGGAGACGAGGAUAGGUGAUGUUUUGAGAUUGUUGCGUUGAGCGUUGUUUAGGUUGCGUGGGUAGGGUUUGGUUGGGCUGAGUUUGUAUAAUAAUGGGUGUUGGAUGGGCUGGUAGAGUGAGUGAAAAGGGCGUUUGGAUAUACGUAGAUGGAUAAAUCUGGAUGUCGUGAUGGGUGGGUGCAUGGAUGGAUGAGAUUUUAAUAGAUUGAUGAGAUGAUUUUCAUUUCCCAGCCAAAAGGGCUAAGUAAAUCAUAGAUAGGCCCGUAGGAUUUGUACAGAAAAGCAUAUUGCGUAGGUAGAUAGAUAGAUUAAAAAUUUGU